AAUCCCAAAUCACAACAUAUUUCUCUUAUUUUCAUGUGUUAGUAGGUGUCGCUGACCAAAAAUGCUUGGCUCAAGACAACGAUAUCACAACACACAUCCAUAUUAUUCAUUCUUUACCUUGGUGCAACAUCAGCCAUGUACAGCAACAUCAUACAAGUGCUUGCCAUGGCCAGUGGACAAAAGGGCACAACAAUGUUUAUCCUCAUCAUUUCCUUUGAUAUACAAGGGAAUAAACACAAGCUCAUGAAUCCAAGCUCAUGGGAAUUACUUAAGAUAAACUAUGGGAGUAAUGGCUUGCUUUCAUGGGUCAAUCUUUCCAGGAAUCUGCUUUUAGCGUACCAGAGCUUCGGAGUUGUUUAUGGUGACCUUAGCACUUCACCUCUCUAUGCUUUCUCAAGCACAUUAGGGAAGCUGCACCAUCAUCAGAAUGAGGAAGCCAUUUUUGGUGCUUUCUCCUUGAUCUUCUGGACCCUUACCUUGAUCCCACUCCUUAAGUACGUCAUUAUUGUGCUCAGUGCUGAUGAUAAUGGCGAAGGUGGCACUUUUGCUCUCUACUCCCUCCUCUGCAGACAUGCCAAGUUCAGCUUGCUUCCAAAUCAGCAGGCAGCUGAUGAAGAGCUCUCCACCUACAAAUAUGGGCCCUCUACUCAUCCUGCGCCUACUUCUCCCCUCAAGAGAUUUUUGGAGAAGCAUAAGAAGCUUAGGACAGCCCUUCUUCUUGUUGUUCUUUUUGGUGCUGCUAUGGUCAUUGGUGAUGGUGUUCUCACUCCAGCAAUAUCAGUUCUAUCGUCGGUUUCUGGGCUACAUGUUACAGAAAAAAAAUUAACUAACGGUGAAAUUCUCUUGCUUGCUUGUGUUAUAUUGGUGGGACUAUUUGCCCUGCAGCAUUGUGGCACCCACCGGGUGGCUUUUAUGUUUGCUCCAAUUGUUAUCAUCUGGUUGCUUUCUAUCUUUUCCAUUGGCUUGUACAACACAAUACAUUGGAAUCCAAAGAUUGUUCGUGCAAUCUCUCCGGUUUAUAUUAUCAAGUUCUUUAGAGAGACUGGCAAAGAGGGUUGGAUUUCUCUUGGGGGAAUUCUUCUCUCAAUAACUGGUACUGAGGCAAUGUUUGCAGAUCUCGGUCAUUUCACUGCCUCAUCAAUUAGGCUUGCUUUUGCAUUUGUGAUAUACCCAUGUUUGGUUGUGCAAUACAUGGGUCAAGCAGCCUUCUUGUCUACACACACAGAAUCCAUUGCUUUCAGCUUUUAUGAGUCAAUACCUGAUCCUGUAUUUUGGCCGGUCUUUGUCAUUGCCACUCUCGCAGCUAUUGUUGGAAGCCAGGCUGUCAUAAGUGCUACAUUUUCCAUUAUCAAACAAUGCCAUGCCCUGGGAUGCUUUCCUCGAGUCAAAGUUGUCCACACCUCAAAACAUAUAUAUGGCCAGAUCUACAUCCCAGAGAUAAACUGGAUACUCAUGGUUCUUACACUUGCCAUAACUAUUGGAUUUCAGGAUACCAAUUUAAUAGGAAAUGCUUAUGGACUUGCAUGCAUGACCGUGAUGUUCAUCACAACAUUUCUUAUGGCACUUGUCAUAGUCUUUGUUUGGCAGAAGAGUAUUUUGCUCGCUGCAACAUUUCUUCUUUUCUUCUGGUUUAUUGAAGGGGUUUACUUGUCAUCGGCACUGACAAAAGUGCCUCAAGGAGGAUGGGUCCCCCUUGUGCUUGCAAUUAUCAUUAUGCUUAUCAUGUUUGUUUGGCACUAUGGGACUCGCAAGAAAUACAACUAUGAUUUGCACAACAAAGUUUCAUUGAAAUGGUUACUUGGCUUGGGCCCUAGUCUUGGCAUCGUUCGCGUGCCUGGUAUAGGCCUCAUAUAUUCAGAGCUGGCAACUGGAGUUCCUGCAAUCUUUUCCCACUUUGUGACUAACCUGCCUGCAUUCCACAAGGUGUUAGUUUUUGUCUGUGUAAAAUCAGUUCCAGUCCCAUAUGUUUCACCAGAAGAACGCUUCCUUAUUGGUCGGAUUUGCCCAAGGCCAUAUCGUAUGUAUAGGUGCAUAGUCAGAUAUGGGUACAAGGAUAUUCAGAAGGAUGAUGGUGACUUUGAGAACCAACUCAUACAAAGCAUAGCAGAGUUCAUCCAGAUGGAAGCAGGAGAGCCUCAAUUCUCUGGUACUGAGAGUUCCUCGUAUGAUGGGAGGAUGGCUGUUAUAAGCACCAGAAGCAUCCAAUCAAACUCGAGCUUAGUGAUUUCAGAGGUUGAAGAUUUUAGUGUUGGCAACUCCAUCCAAAGCAGCAAGUCUUUAACGCUACAGAGUUUGCGUUCUGCUUAUGAUGAUGAGAAUGCACAGGUUAGGAGGCGGCAGGUAAGAUUUCAGUUACCACCGAACCCUGGUAUGGAUCCAUUGGUUAGGGAGGAGCUGAUGGAUUUGAUUCAGGAAAAGGAAGCAGGGGUUGCGUACAUAAUGGGUCAUUCAUACGUGAAGGCAAGAAGAUCAUCGUCAUUUUUGAAAAAGCUUGUGAUUGACAUUGGGUAUUCAUUUCUUCGGAAGAACUGCAGGGGGCCUGCUGUGGCACUAAACAUCCCUCACAUCAGUCUCAUUGAAGUUGGAAUGAUAUACUAUGUUUAGUGGUUCUGAGUUUUCGUUCAAGGAACAUUAGCUAUUCUUAUUUUUGUAGAUAAUGACUGGCCCAAGGCUUAUGGAUAAGGGCCUUAGUACCUUGCUGUUUUUACUAUUGUUCUAGUUCUAUUGAAGAAGGUAAUGCAGGUGAACUAGCUUGCAGUUAUCUCAUUUUGAAGUAGCUUUUUUCUUCCCCUUUUUUGAUUACCCGGCAUGUUCUCUAUAUAUCUUUCUGUGUUUUUGGUUGGCAAGAGGUAGAGUUUUUUUUUUUAUUUUUUUUUUAACAAAAAGAAAUGAUUAGAUUAUGUGUUAGUAUUUGUUGUUUUGUAAGAGGGUCGAACUUUAAAAUUGGGUGUAUUUCACCUGCUACCCAAUAAAAAAUGUAAUCACCACUUAACCACACAGGGAUUGGGCAAGAGGUAGAUUCUUAUUUGAAGAAAGUGAAAUGAAAUAUAGGAUGUACAGGGUCUUACCGUUUAUUUUACGUUAAUGAUACAAAUGUGUACGUGGAAUGGAAAUCAUGUGGUUCAAAAACAUUGCAGCACAGCUUGGUAGUUGUGGAAAAUAAAUGUAAUGUGGUGGC